AUGAUCAUCCUGCCCAUUCAGGGGACAUUGUUAAUUGACCAGCCCUCGACGCAGGAAGGCCAGGUGUGGUCGCAGAUAUUGGGCAUACUGGAGAAGUUUACAGGCUUCCAGCGUCUGGACUGGGGGCGACACGUGGAAGAGCCUGGACAGGUUCACCUGCAUAUCGUUCGUGAAAGUCUGCAUCAGCAUUACGUCUUCCUCGCCUCUCCGGAGUGGCAGCGGGUCGGCGAGAAGUUACGUGCGUUAGGGGUGGUGGAUUUUGCAUCGCUUGUUGUGCGCCAUGUGAUGAUGGAGGAGUUUAGUUCGGGCGAGGGUAAAAGACCACCGGUGAUGGGCACGGCCAUCUAUCUGACCCCUGACCAAGCGGGGUGGAUGAAGACAUGGGAGCUGUGGACGACGAUUGUGGCAGUGGUGCCUGGAUGUAUUGGGGUUAGAGGCGGAUGGAUGGUGGAGCCCGUGGAGAAGCGGCCGGCUUAUGUGGUGUUUGUCGGAUGGGCAAGUGUCGAGGUACAUGACGCGUAUCACCAUAGUAGGCACUUUCGCCAGCGAGCAACGAUCUUGCGGGAGCAUAACCAGGGGUUUCGAGAGUAUGGGCACGUUGCAUUCAGGGAGUCUCUGAGGGUUAGCGAUAAGGGGAAGCUAUGA